AUCAAACUAAAACCAAAAGAAACAAAGACAAUACACUAAAACAAAAGACCUUUCUUCUCUUCUUUGUGCUUCACCAAUGGCUCAAAAGGAUAGGAAUACAAGGAUCGCUCAAAAGGCUUUUGAAAUGGUCGAUCAGGUGUAUGGUAAGUCCCCAAAAUUAACAUCUAAACCAUAUGAUCCUAAAGACGAGUUCCCUUCUCGUUUUAGCCAAAGUGCUUACAAAUAUGGUGGUCCACAAAUCUAUACCGUAAGAGAGGCGACUAGUACUUAUAGUUAUGGUCGAGCUAUUUAUAUGUACUCACCUGAGUCAACUAUAAAAGAACCUGUUGCUUCUCAUCCCACAGAACAUAUUCAAUACUAUGGUGGUGCCCGUCCUUUAGUUGGCAAUCCCAACAGGUUUGAGAGGCCAAAAGGACGGGUUAUUAACUGCGACGAGGCGGUCCAACUCUAUGGAGGGGUGCUUAUAAAGGAAUUUCGUAAGUAAGCGGUGAAAACCUCAAGUAAUUAUGUUGAAGAUGCAUGGUGAGUUUGUAAGUAAGUGUGAUAAUUUUUGUUUCUGCUUGCGAAAAAAGUUCAGACCAACACAUAUGCUAAAGCUUGUUGCAACAGUUUUGAUUUAGAAUAAGCUUUAGAGCACAACCAAGUGUGCGUGUCUGUUAUCUAUCUAGAAGUACUUUAUGUUGAAGCUUAUGUAAUGUAAAAUGUUACGGUGCUAUGUAAACAUGUGUGUCUUGACUUUUUGUAACAUAAAUUAAAAGCAUGUAU